AUGACAUACCAAGCGAAUUCUGGAAAGAAUGCGGAUGGCUCGGUGCCUCUUGGCUUGCAGGCCUCUUCAAAACAAAGAGCAUACCCUCAUGACUGGUCAAACAGAUCAACGAUUCCGAUGUGUAAGAAUAAAGGCAAUAUCCCAGACUGUUCAACAUAUCGGCCAAUACGGCUGAUGAGCCACAUUCUGAUGAUCUUUGAAAGAGUACUCGAAAUUCGAAAACUUGUCAUACAAUCAGUGCGGGUAAAAGGUGCCGGUACUGCUGACACCACCCAUACUGUACACAUAAUGAUGGAGCAUAAAGAAGAACGGAGCUAA